AUCAAUUCCUACAAGUUUGUUAAGUUAACAUGUUCUUUAUUUCAACUGUUAAUUUGUAUUGUUUAGAACUUACCUUACCUACCUGUCUUCCAGAAACAAAAGGAGGAAAUGUAGUUUUACUUCCUGCUUUAUAGCUUCUGGGUUCAUCUGAGGUCACAGGAAGAGACCAAGUGCAGAAGGGGAAGAACUCUUAUAAUUUAAUAAAGUUGAUUUUAGAGGGUUUAUAAGAAAUAGAUUUAUUGUUGUAAUAUGUAUUGAUUACACCACAGAGUUUAUGUUGCCAGUAAAGAGGAGUAGUAGAGGUUUGAAUAUAAUCAUGUUCAUCUUACCUACCUACUGAAUGGAAUAGUCCAGAGGAGAAAUUGUUUGGUUAAGUGGACUAUUUAAGCAGAAGAACUCAGGUGUUUCGAGGAAAAGGUUCAGGUCAGUGUAGCUGUGUGCAGUUUGACCUUAAUUUCCGUUGAUUUAAGUUCAGUUAUGUUUAUUUGAACUGAGUUAAUUAUAGAGUUGAGUUUCUUUGUAAAUAUUGUUUGGGUCACAAAAUGGUGAAUAAAUCACUUGCUACACUGGACAGCAUCAGUCUCCUGCACUUCUUUGACCGCUUAAGUCAAGUCCUACCACACUUGGAAAAAAUAAUUCUACUUCUGGGAAGUGUUUGGGGAUGACUUUUUCCUGUUCCAACUGUGCACUAAGCAAGGUCUGGUGUGGAAGACAUAACUGAGUCCAGACUCAACCCAACAGAUCACCUUUGGGAUGAGUGCAGACUGAGAGCCAGGCCUUCUGGUCUGACCUCACAAAAUAUGCUUCUGGUCAAAAUAUUUUAUUUGUUUGAAGGCAGAUGAAUGAUAUAGUGUAUCUUUCCCUAUAUGCAUAUUUGUUUAUUACAACAAUGGCAGUAAGAAACUGAUUUAAAUAGCUUCGUAUAGGAUCAUUAUCACUUUAGCCAUCAAAUCAUUCUACUGACCUUAAAGGAGAGGUCAGAGGUCAAAUAUCAUAUGAUACAAUAGAGAUCAAGUUGUAAGAAUUAGAGUUUCUUUUUGUUAAUUUUCAAACAGCAAAUCAUUAAGUUGCACUACAGCGGUGUGGUUGUUGGUCAUUCUUAAAUCACAGCAAGAAGGUCCAAGGUUCAAAUCCAGGUUUUUCCUGUGUGGAGUUUCCACAUUGUCCCUGUGACUGUAUAUUCUGUCUUUCUCCCAAAGGUCAUGGUGAUUCUAAAUUGCCUAUAGCAAUGAAUAUUGGUGCAAAUGAUUGUAAUUAGCCCCACAACAGACCAGCCAGGGUGUACCCUGCCUCUCGUCCUAUCGCAGUGGGGACAGGCUGCAGCUUCCCACAACUCUGAAUUGGGUAAGUGGAAGAAGAUGGAUGGGUGGUGUCAUUUGCUUUCUUUAGCUGCUGAUCAACCAUUAAUCAUCAACCACACACACACCAAGGAAUAUUUUUAGCAACAAAAGAGUAGUUCCCCAAACCUGCACUGCAUUAGUGCAAGUAUAACCAAACCUCUGAAAUAGACAGACCAUUUUUAGUUGCACCUUUCUGUGUUAGAAAAGAGAAGAGGGGAAUUCCACAAGCUUUCUUUGAAACCCUUUUCCUCCAUAUAAUGGAAACGAGUAACUGGUUAUCUAAAUUUAGCUAAUCUAUGCAACAAAUUCUAAUGAAUGUUGAAUACAUACCAAAAACAACACAAGGCCAUAUGUCUUUUUUCUUCUAAGGGUCAAAGACGUAAUCUGCAGAGUCAUGUUUGGUGGACAGAUGUGAAUGUAAGCUUUAAUUUGAGUGGCUGAACAUAGAACCACAAUACAGUGGUGGUUUUCUUCUUCCUUUUCCUGUGUGUGGUUGAAGAAAACUGUGCAGUCCCUGCAGUGCAAUAUUUAUUUCUCCUUUGACUGCUGCAGCUUUACAUCUCUGAACAGCAGAAACCGCCUUUGUGCUCAUUAUCUCGGAUCUUUUCUUUUGAAGAGCUGCUGUUUUUGUUUCCACUGGUAAGACUAAUAAUUUUCAGUUCUUGGCGUAACACUUUCCUUAACAUACCUUGUUUUAUAUCAUGUUUUGUUAACAUCUUGAGACACUUUCCUGUAGUUUUGUUUGAUGGUUUAAUGUGCUCAAAAUCAUAAAUCCAUGUAUAAUAAAUAUAUAUCUUUAUCUAAUCUCAUGAAGUUAUGAUCUUUUAUCUUUAUAUACUCUUCAUCAUUAAUGAUAGAAUUAAGGUUUCAUGGUCAUGGGUUAGUUUAUCCAAUGUUUUGAGUUUUGACUCAGAUACCUUUCCUGAAGCAAGCUCAAAGGCAGUGUGUACUUUGAGGGGAAUAGUAUUAAACUGUGUUUUGUUUUCUUCUUUUUAAACGCACAUCAAGGAGUUUGCAGUGCAGUAAAAACGAUGCAUUUUGGGAUUAGCUUGAAUGAAAAGCAGAUGUGAAAUGUAAAAUUGAAAUCAGAGGUCAAAAGUGACAAAAUAUUCUAAAGGAACCUAUGAUGUGAUAUUUAAAAUCCCCAUAUAACAGUUUUAUUUCUUAAACAUAGUUAAUAAAGUUGGACUUUAUUUAACCUUAAAGAAGAGGCCAGAAGUCCAAAGUAGGAUGAUAUGCAGGAUCUUACAUACACUAUAUUGCAAAAAGUAUUCACUCAACCAUCUAAAUCGUUGAAUUAAGGUGUGCCAAUGACAUUCAGGGCCACAGGUGUAUAUAAUCAAGCACCAAGGCUUCCAGACUGCAUCUACAAACAAUUGUUAGAGAAUGUGUCACUCUAAGGAGUGAAUUCCUGCCUGCUACUGUGAUGGUGUGGAAAGUGUUUCCAAGGUCGAACUGUGCCAUCCAAAUUUUACAUCACCAAGUGCAAUGCAAAGCAUCAGAUGCAGUGAUGUAAACCCACUGCAUUACUGCAGAUAUGAAAAGCUUCUGAAAUAGACAAGCCAUUUUUAGUUGUACCUGUCUGUGCUAAAAAAGUGAAGAUGGAAAUUCUACAAGCUUUCUUUGAAUCCCCUUUUUCCAUAUAAUGGAAGUUAUCUAAUACAUAUUUAAAGUCAACUAAGCCAUUCAACCAUUUCUAUUGAAUGUUGAAUAUAUAUCAAAGUCAACAGGAGUGCACAUAUAUCCUUUUUUUUAAAAUAGAAAAUGUAAAUCUGCAGUCAUUCUGGUCUGUCUCAUUAUAUGUCCUUCCAUUAGGCCUUAUUAUCAUUUCCUAUCAUCUGUAUGCAGAUGAUAUCCAAUUGUACCUUUCUUUUAAACCUUGUGAAUUGAAUAAAUUAUCUGCGGCAAGAAAUUCACAAAGAAAACAAUGCCUAAGAAAAUUACAGGAAGUGAACAAACAGCUUACUCUAAAAAAGGAAGACACUAAAAACUGUCAAAUGUCAAACACAAUAUGAAAUUGUCUAAACAAGCUUCCGACUGUUUAAAUUCUUAAACAGUACUUUCUGUACGUUGGCAAUAGAGAUCAAGUUGUAAGAAUAGGAUAGGCUGUCUGACUCUAUUUCAGAAAGCUUAUCCAUUCUUGUAUUUGUAUGAUGUCAGUGAGACCGGAUGUAAAUGUGUUCACCUCAUGCAUGCAGCUCUGAAUAUAAGUACUUUAGUCCCACCCACUUGUCCAAACCUUUUUGUGUGGACCAGCCAAUCAGAGGAAAGGUAGCUAAAAGGUAAAUGUACUUGUUCCACACCGAGGAUGAACCCAAGGAAGAGGGCAACUAUCAUCAUGAACAAGGACUUUUUAAAAACUGUGAAUCAUGCACAGCUACUCUAGCAGAGUCCAAGAAUUAAGUCAACCACACCAUGUUUCCCAAUGACUCUCUGCCCACCAACACAGUCAAGCCUUCCAAAGAUGACCAGGAAACUAUGGUGGGCAUCAGUGCCAUUAUGGACAAUGUCAGUAUCAUUCUCUAUGCACUGACUGUUGUGCUCGGCAUCACAGGAAACUCUGUGGUCAUCUGGGUGGCUGGAUUCAAAUUUAAGCCAAAGGUCACCAACGUGUGGCUGGUGAAUCUGGCGAUAGCAGACCUGAUCUUCUGCUUCACACGAGUUUUUUCUCUCACUAAGAAGCUCUUCUUUGAGCACUGGCCUUUCGGCCUCUUCGUCUGCAAGUUCGAUGCCUUCUUCAAAUACACCAACAUGUUCUGCUCUGUCUUUUUGCUGGCUGUGAUCAGUCUGGAUCGAGUGCUUUGUGUCUGUCAACCUGUUCUCACAAAGCGUCGUCGCACCCUGUGGGCAGCGAGGGUGGUGGCGGUCUGUAUCUGGAUAGCAGCGAUCCUCUUCAGCAUUCCUUACUUCAUCCAUCGCCAAGUCUAUCUGGGCAAGAAGAACCUGAGUAUGUGCUCACUUCAUCCAAAAGAGAAGGCAGAGGGGUACAACAGCACCAAAGUUGCUCUCUACUCCAUCCGCUUCCUGUGCGGCUUCAUAAUUCCCUUUAUGGUGAUUCUGGUCUGUUAUAUCUUGGCCGCUGUGGGAAUCCGACGCACCCGCCUGUCAGGGAAGACCCGCCCUCUACGUAUACUAGCAUGUUUGGUCAUUGCCUUCUUCCUGUGCUGGGCGCCUUACCACUGCCUCUUACUGGUGAAGAUGGUGGACAGUAAAUACGCUCUGUUCAAAAUCUGGUUCCCUGUAGCAAAGGGUAUUGCCUACUUCAACAGCUGUGUGAACCCACUGUUAUACUUCUGCAUGGGGCUAAAAGUCAGUGAGGGAUUUAGACAGAGUCUGAUAAGAAUUUAUAAAAGAGGCCUGGCAGAUGACAUAGACGGCCAGAUGACUCACUCCACUGAUCGCUCUUUGGAUUAAAGCUCAGGGUUGAAACACAGCAGUCUUGUAGUGGUAGGAAAGAGUCAGACAGCACUGACUAAAAUUUAAGUUUCUUCCAGUGAUCCUGAAGUUCAGAAGAGCUACAACAAAUCAACAAAAGAAUACCUGAAACACAAAAGUACUACAGUGUUCAAAAUCCAGAUCUCAACCCAAAUGAUGUCUACAGGGCAGUCAACAACAUAGAGUUAUUGGACUAAUGUAGGACUACUAUCAGCAACCAGCCAACCUAGUAAUGUCAUAUUCUGUUUUCUAACAAGAUGGCACUGCCCAUGCUCUAAAAAUUGUAUUUUAAAUCACAGCCUCACAGAAAGUAUUACAUUUGUGACAUUUUUGGGGGGAGAAGGCUCCGUGGUGUAAAUUAGGCUAGGUAGUGUUUUAUGUCCACUCCACAAGUUUUCCUUCAUUUUAUCCUACUGUCACCAAGUGCUUGGUCAUAGGGGGAUGUCUGACUGUUGGUUUUCUCUGUAUUAUUGUAGAGCUUUUACCUAAAGCACCUUCAGGUGCUCUGAUUUUGCACUGAGGGACUAAGUGCUUCUUGCUUUUCGGAACACAAAUUGUGUGUAAUAUUUUGUAAUCUUUUUUUUUUUUGAGUAAAGAUAAUACUGUUUCAAAGAUGGAUGUAUGUUCUGAUCCAGUGAGAAAAAGACACUUUAAUUCACUCAAAUAGCAAAGAAUACUUAGAUAAUAUCUAUAGGAAAGCACCAGACACCCAGACAACAUUCAAGACAUAACAUUCUCGGUUAAUAUUAAUUUUAAAAUUCUGUUGCAGCAUAUUUCCUUUAUCUUCUUUGUCUGCUGUAAUUUUCCAAAUGUUUUUUUAUUAACUCUUUAACUAUCUGAGACUUUAUUUUCUAU